GGGUCUUAUUGAUCCUUUCUUGGAAAAUGGUGUCAAGGUGAAACAAUUCACUACAUACCAAAGUAUUCAGGAAUUAUUCAAGAUCGAUCUAAGUAGCAUGAAUAGUUUAUUUCCCUUUGCAUUAAUGACCCGUCAAAAUAAGACAGAAGAUUAUUUAGUCGAUGCUUUACAUCGAAAGAAAUCAAUGGGGAUAGAAAAUGUUCCUAAUGUUGAAUUCGGCAUGGAACUGAUAAAAUGCGAAGAGAAGGAUGAUCGUAUCAUCGCUAUUGUCAAGAAUAUAAAUAGCGGUAAAGAGGAAGAAAUCAUUUGUCACUAUUUAACAUUGAAUGCUUCAUGGGCCGUAGCUGAUGUAAGUAUUGAUCAUGAAUUGGUUAAAGACUAUCAAGUAACCCUUUUCGCAGCUCCUGGAG